AUGGAAGAAGCAAGUGAGCCAAAGAAGCCGCGUAUUUUAUUCGAUGGUGAAAAUGAGUUUCCAACAAAUAAUGAAGGUAAGGUUUUUCUAAAAAUUUUUAGAAUUUUGAAAUUGAAAUACCCUAACUCGUAAAAUCUCUAUUUAAAAAAUCUAUAAUAUUUCUAGAAUGGAUCAAAUAUGUGUUGAGUGCAAAAGAUUUGGAUAUUGGACAUGCUCGCUGUUUGACAAUGCGAACAUUUCAACAAAACAAAACGGAGCAUUUGGUGAAUGUGAGUUUUUCCAGAAAACAACACAUUUUCAGUUUUCAUUUUCAGUGUUUGGAGCUGCACACCUUGACGAGAUUUGGAGAUGAUGAUUGGAUGGUGAAAUUUAUCAAUGAGAGGUUAGUUUUUGCUCUGAAGGAAGCUUGAAAGUAUUCUUUUUUAGUGUUUUGGCGGAAGGUCAAGUAUUUUGGAAAGAAUUUGUGCUCUAUGCUUCGGAUUAUUUGUAUAAUGUGACAGAAAUUGAAGAAUUGAAUCAUUUCAAAUGUAAGUUUUUUGUUUUUUUUCAGUGAAAACCUGGGUUUUCUUUUCCACAAACAUAAAUUUGGGUUUUCAGAUGCUUUCAACACAAAAAAACCAAAAGAAGAUUGGCUCGAUGUUUUUGUUUCAAGCGCUCAUAACAAUCCAGAAAAAGCAGCAGAAAUUUAUGCGGCAUUUUGCAUGUUGUAUCCAGGAAUGUCUGGAAAAGUUGUGGUAAGUCGAAUUUUAUCAUCACACACUUCUAGAACAAAAUCAAAAAUUUCAGAACAAAGCAAUAACUGCAAUAAUCAAAAAAGGAAAUAUACCAGGAUGUUUGGAACUAUUCGUCAGAUCAAUUUGUGCAUUCCCGCUGACUGUAAAUUUUAAGCGAGAUGAUGGAAGUUCAAUUCUCCGAAAAUACAUCUACCAUGUUUUCAAGAAAUUUGUUCAAGAACCCGAUCCAUAUAUCGAGAAUCCGAUGGGUAUUUCAAAAAGACGAUUAGAUCAAGCACAGGAAGAUUUUCUGAAUACAGCUUUAAGACCAUCUGCAAGGAUUAUGAACAAUUUGGGUUCAAUGUGAGUUUUUUUGUUAACAAGCAACUUUAUUCAGUUACAAAGUACCAAGACAUACAUAAAUUAUGGUACAAGUGGAAAAUCAGUUGGUAGAGUGAACGUAUCUUCCGGCAAUGGUUUUUCAAUGUCCGUGUACAUUGCGAGAUACUCAUAAGCUCUACAGAUAUCUACUGAUCCAGAUGGGGAAACACAGCUGAAAAAAACACAAGUCCAAAGCGUGUUUAACAUCUAGGACCUUAACAAUAAGCCCGGACCUGGGCCUAGACAGAUCAUAAGUGUUCCCAUUAGAGUAACAUACAAGUUGGUAGAGUUACAAUAACCGCAGCAGACACAUUCCUCACAACUUUCCUCAUCCCAACAUCUCGGCCCAAACUGCCGCCAGCGUUGCGCUCCAACUCUUCUACGCGAACCGCUGUCUGGACUGACAGUUGGAAGCGGUUUGAGCUUGUCGAUAACCGAUUGCUUCACAUGGAGCCCAGCGAAUUCCUAGAAUAGCAUUCUCAAUGAAAACAAUUAAUUUGUCUAGAACCCACUCUCGAGAGGCUUAUAUGCUGUGAAUAGCAGAAAUAGAAAAAAGUGAGCGCCAAAAUCAAAACUCGCAUUUUGGGACGAAUAUGACUUGUGCUGCCAUCUUUUAUAUUGAAACAUUACUAAAAAUUACUAUGUAGUAUUUGUGAAAUGUCAUCGUCUAGCUAUACCGUAUUAUAAAUGAACCUGCACUUUGUUUGAGCUCUCAAAAAAAUGCUUUCAAGAAUCACAGAAAAAAUAUGAGGAAUCCUGUUAUGUUAUUGUGGGGGGAUCUUUUAGAGUUUUCUCCAUCUCCCUGAUUUCCUCAAACAUAUAUAUUUCCCAUCAAUUUUCAGGAAAGGAAAAUCUCCAUUGGAUGUAUUUCUCAAAACUCCGGAAACUGUCGAAAUCAAGCACAACAUGGAAUUGUUUCAAACAUUCUUCUUUGCAUAUUUCCGAAUUGGAAUGUUCGAUUUGGUCAAAGGUUAUCAUUUGAUUGCUUGGAAUCGUUAUUUUGAUGAUCGAUAUUAUCAUGAGGAUAAUUCAUGGAUUUUUCCUUCUGGAUUUGUUGCAAGUCCGAUUCGCUGGAAAACUGAAUGGGAUUAUUUGAAUGAUAUUCCGGAGAAGGACAAAAUUAGAACGGUAUGUUGAUGGUUGUUUGAGGGGUAUUUUUGAAAUGAUAAUUUUCCCGAGGGGUUUUUUCCCGAGGCGUUUUUUUUCUUGAUCUUUGAGUUUUUUGGUUCUUUCAUGAGCUCAUAACCUUAUUUUUAUACAGUUGCCCUGUUCAGAAUUUGUUCAUGUUUUUUUUUUCAAAAUCCGGUAUCCCAGCUAUCACACAAAUAAUUCCCUUGUUGGCGAAACAACCAAAAACAAUAAUAGUUUUUCAGAAUGUCUAUGCCAAACAAUUCAAAAUGUUGAGCAAGUUGUUCGAAUUUUUCAAAUUCUCCGAUAAAUUUGGAUUGCUUAAGAAAUACGGUAAGUACACAAAUCUUCAAAUUAUUGAUUUUGUAAUUAGUUCUCAUUUUUCAGGACAAGAUGAAUUUGUUCAAUAUUUUGCAAUUGCUCUAACAUACAAUGAAGAAUAUGAGAAAUUCGACAAACUCUUUGAUUUUUUCAAUGAAAAAUAUACAGAAGGCAAUGUGUUUUUAUGCCUGAAUAUUAAUGCACUUUUGAUAGCCGCAAAACGAGAAAAUUUGCGAAAAGUUAUCGAUUUGUGGAAAAAGAUUGUGAAAUAUUGUGUAUUAGUUGAUAAGCUAGAAGCUCAUCGGACGAGUAAAUAUGUAAGUUGAAACUUUAAGGUUUUACCACCAACAAGACUUCUGAAUAUGGAAAAAUAGGGCAAAUUUUUAAGCUCUACAAGAUGAUCAGGCUCUAGAAAAUUCCUGAUUCACCCGAAUACUUGAAGAUCAAAUUUUUUAAUUUUUUGCAGAUGUUCAAACAUCCUCGAUUCGUUGGCGCUGUUCAUAUUUCUGACAUCGCCACCAAAAUUCUUCGAAACUUCUUGUUUAUUCAAGCUACAAAACAAGGAGUGGCAGGAUUUGAGAAAUAUGGAACACUUCUUUUAUUUAUGGCAAGAGCGAAUUGGGAUUAUUUUGUGCCUUUCAAUAUGAUGCAUGAAUUAAUCAAUAACAUCCCCGAGGAAAAAUUUGGAAAUCUUUUGAAAGAAAGUUUUCCAACGUUGACGGAUAUGUCGAAUUCUGCACUUUGGGAGUAUAUUUAUGAAAAGUUUCCGAGUACUCAUGAAACUUUCUUCACUAAAGAGUGAGUUGAAUAUGGGGAAUUCUGAAAAAAAAUGAAGUUUUGUUUUAAAAUUCAAAAAAAGUUCAAGAUUUGAGCAAUUUAUUUUUCAAAAACUUCGAAAUACUUUCACAUGUUUAUUAUAAAUGAUAAAAAUAUAAAAAUUUACAGACUGAUUAGUGGACUUUAUCAAAACAAGCCCUGUGAAGUCAAUUUUGCCAAAACUCUGCUAGAAAAAUUGGAAGCAGAUGAUCCGGUUAUGAAAUGUAUCAAAUAG